AUGCGGUCCUUCACCCUACCGCUGCUCGUCUGGCUGGCACAAACAACCGCCGCGGCCACAGCUUCAUGCAACCGAGGAUACGAGCCAUGCGCUGCCAAAGGCGCAGGCUCAGGCAGCCCUCCGGGCAUCGGCCCAGAGAUGCUCGACUUCUAUGCGGAUGUCGUGAACUCAGCAAACGGCCCCGGGUCAGGGAAGCGGUCGCUGAACGAGAGACACGGCCUCGUUGCGCGAGAUGACGACCAGUCGAAGCUUUGCUGCAUGGAGCCGUCCACGGGGAUAAAAUGCCUGCUUCUCAAGGGCGUCAAGAUAUCGUUCUGCUGGGACCGAUUUACGACCAACUACUACUUCGCAGACGGCUCGUACGGGAGCGUGACGACGGGCGAAUACCACCUGGCCAACGGCGACUCGGUCAACCUGAUCAAGGGCAACUACACACGCUCCAACGGCGAGACUGGCAACCUAUACGCUGACGGGAAGCCCAGUCCAAAUCUCAGCACACUCCCGAUCCCGACGCAGUUCACGAGCAAGGGCGUUGGCACUGCGAUCCCGGGCAGCGAGCUGGGAGCUCCGGCGACCGUCACCGUCAUCGAGGGCACGACGCGCGAUGCCAGCACGAUCCCAGCUACUACGAUCGCUGCCAGCACGAACAGCGGAGUCGUCGUCGUCCCUGGUACCACCGUGCAGGAGACUGUCGUGCCAGGUACGACCGCAGGGCCAGCGACCGUCACCGCGACCAGGCCGGGGACGAACCCGACUGCGCCGCCGAACGCUGCGAGCCAUCCGCAGCUGGACUAUACCUUCAUCUCCUCGCUGGCGGGAGUCGUCGUGCUCGUAGCUUGCGGCAUGUUUUCGUAG